AUGUUCGUAUGGAGGGCUUGUCACAACCUCCUACCAACAAGAGCUAAUUUAUUCAAGCGCAAGGUGAUUAACUCACCUUUAUGCCCUAUAUGUAACUUGGUGGAAGAGAGUGUGGAGCACAUAAUAUGGUCAUGCCCUUCAGCAACUGAUGUGUGGUGUUGUGGCCCUAUCAAACUUCAGAAGAGCACCUGUGGAGCUAAGGACUUCGCCAUGCUAUUUGAGGAGAUGCUUGGGCGAUAUGAGAUGCCAGAAUUGGAACUCUUUGCGGUGGUAGCUAAACGAGUAUGGAUGAGGCGUAAUAAUGUUGUACAUGGGGGUGACUUUGAAGAUCCAACCCAAGUGUUCUCUAUAGCAGCGGCAGGUUUGGAGCACUUUCAGAGAAUCAAUGCCCAGCCUUUGGGUAUAAAUAGGGAAAUACAACCAAUCCAAACGACAAACUGGCAACCACCGCCGGUGGAUAUGGUGAAGGUGAAUUGGGAUGCUGCCAUAGCUCAGCGGAACUCUUGUGUAGGGAUUGGAAUCAUAGCAAGGGAUGCAACUGGACAAUUUCUGGCGGCUUGUGGAAUCAAGACGAAGAUAAUAGAGGACCCCACAGUGGCCGAAGCUUAUGCUGCCCUUCACGCAGUGCUGUUUGCCAAGAAGAUGGGCUUUGAGAAUGUAAUGUUUGAGGGAGAUGCUUUAGCGGUAGUGAAGGCCAUUAAUGCUGAUGGAAUUUGUGAGAGUAGCUAUGGCCAUUUUGUGGAAGAUGUGAAAAGUUUUAGGCGUGAAUUCACAAGGGCUAGUUUUAUUCAUGUUCUAAGGGGAGCAAAUUCUGCUGCCCAUACUCUAGCAAAAGAGGCUUGUACCCAUGUCACUAAUAUUCAUUGGUGGCAUUAUAUACCACCAUGCAUUGGUGAUAUUGUUCGGAAGGAAGAGACUACCUUCCUUUCCUGA